GGAGAAGCCCCACAAGUGCUUGGAAUGUGGGAAGGGUUUCAACCGGAGCUCCACCCUGAUCCAGCACCAGAGGAUCCACACUGGGGAUCGGCCCUACAAGUGUGGGGAGUGUGGGAAGUGUUUCAUCCAGCGCUCUCACCUGGUCCAUCACCAGAGGAUCCACACUGGGGAACAACCCUAUGAGUGUGGAGAGUGUGGGCAGGGAUUCAGCCAGAGCUCCUCCCUGAUCCGGCAUCACAAGAGGAUCCACACUGGGGAGAGACCCUACGAGUAUGGGCAAUGUGGAAAGAGCUUCAGAGAAAGCUCUGACCUGAUUCAGCACCAGGUGACCCACACCGGGGAACGGCCCUAUGAGUGCUUGGAAUGUGGGAAGAGCUUUGAGUGCCACUCUGCACUGAGAACACACCAGCGCAUCCACACUGGGGAGAAGCCCUACGAGUGUUCCCAGUGUGGGAAGAGGUUUCGGACCAGUUCCCAUCUCCUUGUACAUGAACGGAUUCACACAGAGGAGAGGCCCUACCGCUGCCCUGAUUGCGGGAAGGGCUUCAAGCACAACUCCCACCUCAUUGUGCACCGGCGCAUCCACACCAGGGAGAGGCCCUACGAGUGUGGGGAGUGUGGGAAGAGCUUCUCCACGGGCUCAAACUUGACCCAGCACCAACGGAGGCACCAAUAA